GCGCACUGACGGCUGAAACUCCAGCCCGUCCUCUCCCCGCUGCCUGCAUCCACACCAGCGGAGCUUCGUUCCGGUUCGCUGCUCUGAUCGUGUCCCAGAUGGAGGCUCUGAGGUGGGCUGCGCUGCUGCUGCUGCUCGGCUUCCUGCAGACUCUGUCCGCGCUGGGAGACCCGCUGUCCGGGGAGGACGACGACGGGGAGACGUGGACGGUGCAGAAGUGGCAGGGUUACCCGCUUGACAGAGGAAUAACUAUCAGACUUGCAGAUCUGAUCAAGCGGUCCAAAGCUCAGCAGUUCCACGGCCUGAUGGGAAGAAGCCCAGGUGUGUCUCUGAGGCUGGGCCGGAAACGAAAUAAUAACAAAGGAGAAAUGUUUGUCGGCCUCAUGGGCAGGAGGAGUUUGGGAGACACAGCAGAAGAAUGGAAGCCCGACUCUUUCUGACGAUGAAAACUGAACAAAAACAACUUUAAUGAAAGCUCCUCUCACAUGAAAAUAGACUAAACUCCUGCUGAUUGCUGGAUUUUCUGUGCAAACGUCUCUGUCCAGCUGUACGCCGCUACAUGUUCAUAUUUAUGUUGACGUGUACGGAUCUAAGUCACAUCUUCAAACGUGUCUGUUUUGUGUUGCUACUGAAAAUAAAACUAUUGUUGGAAUGGAAACUUA